CGGAGGUAGUCGAUGUCACACGAUUGCUUCAGUGCGAAGAUAACAGACUCGAUCUAGUUGCCUGCAUACACAUGGUCCAAUUUUGUCACAAAUCCAAGUAAAGGCUUACAUAAAAGGCAAUAAAACUCGUGUCAUUCAGGUUGACGGCGUCAGGUCAUGUUAAAGCAGAGCGCCGUUGUUGCGGCGGUAGCAGCCGUCGUGUUCUAUGUCAUCACCACGGCUCGUCAGCGGGGCUCUGUCGUCACUCAGCACAUUCUCGACGAGUAUGAUUACGUCGUCGUCGGGGGCGGAAGCGCGGGUGCCAUAAUAGCAUCAAGGCUCUCCGAGGACCCCGGAAAUGACGUCAUUCUUCUAGAGGCUGGAGGGGACUACUCUCUGAAUGACACGUAUCAUGUCCCAAUUCAUUUCUAUGACCUGCAGAAAACGGAAGCCGACUGGGAGUAUUACACGGUACCGCAAAAGGCGUCCCAUUUUGGCAUGGUGGACAAUCGAUCAUACUGGCCCCGCGGAAGGGUUCUCGGGGGAUCCAGCAUUUUUAAUUCGAUGCAGUACACACGUGGAAGUCGAUACGACUACGAUGAAUGGGCUAACAUGGGCUGCGAUGGUUGGAGCUUUAAGGAGGUGCUGCCAUACUUUCUUAAAUCGGAGGACAUCUUGAUAGAAGAUUUGAAACAUUCGAAGUAUCACAACAGCGGUGGGUAUAUCGGGAUAAGUACGGGAGGCGUGACUCAACUCGCAGGUGUAUUUCUUACAGCCGGACAAGAAAUGGGAUACAACCUGACAGAUUACAACGGAGAAAUUCAGCAAGGAUGGAGUCCCAUGCAACUAAACAUCCGUAACGGGGUGCGUUCAAGCUCUUCCUUAGAAUUUCUGGGACGCUGCAAGGAUCGUGAAAACAUCCAUAUCGCCAUCAACAGUUUGGCGACAAAAAUUGCUAUCGACAAGAAACGUGCAACGGGCGUUUAUGUCAUUCGAAACGGACGGAAAGACUUUAUAAAGGCCCGAAAGGAAGUCAUAGUUUCCGCCGGUGCCGUGAACUCUCCUCAGUUGCUGAUGCUGUCUGGGAUCGGUCCUCGUAGUCACCUUGAGACGCUGGGUAUCCGGGUGGAGGCGGACCUUCCGGUGGGAGAAAACCUGCAGGACCACAUGCUGCUUCACAUGUUUACGACUAUUUCAGACGAUAUCGGCAUGACUAAAAACAAGAUAAAUAGCUGGACAACCGACAUGCAGUACCGCCUGUUUGGAAGCGGAAUUAAAUCAAUCGCCGGGGUCGACGGCACGUCCUUUUUCUGUACGUACGAAACGAAUCAAGAAAACUGCGCUGCGGAUAUUCAAUUCAUGAUGUACAGCAUGUAUAUAUCUGAUAAUCCGUUUUGCAUCAAAGAAGAGAUUGCAAGGGAAUACUUUGCGCCGCCUAACACACCGGGGUUCUCCACGGUCAUAAGCUUACUGGACCCGCGCAGUAUGGGGAGUAUCAAGCUUAGCUCGACCGACCCUUUCGAUCACCCCCUCAUAGAUCCCCGCUACUUGACCGACGAACGCGACGUCGAUACGUACCUCAGGGGAAUAAGACUAUGGGAGAAGUAUUUGUCGACGCCAUCAAUGAAGAAAAUCGGGGCGACAGUGGAGAAAAUGAAAAUCUCAGUCUGUAAGAGUCACGUGUUCCAAUCAGACGACUACUGGAAGUGCAUAGUGCGCCAAUUAGCAUAUACCGUCUACCACCCGGCAGGCACAUGCAAAAUGGGGCGUAAAGACGACCCAACCGCAGUGGUCGACCCGCAGUUGCGGGUCAAGGGUAUCAAAGGGCUCAGAGUAGCAGACGCUUCUAUUAUGCCGAACGUCAUAUCCGGAAACACUAACGCACCCGUUAUGAUGAUUGGUGAAAAGGCUGCUGAUAUGAUUCGUGGCAAGAAUACUGUUGAACACUUAAAAAGACAAAUGUAAUGCGUAAACGCUUUCCACUAUUGUUUAUCGACAAUUUGUUUUUUAUUUUUAACAAGUUGACUAUGCAAUUAACAAAUCAUAUAGAAAACAAGAGAUGCUUGUAAAACAUGUAUGUCAAUUCUCAUCCCUCUCGAACAUCACGCAAAGUGGUAAUAUGUGUGACAGUUAAUGUGCAUUUUUAAUGUUGAAUAGUGCAUGGCCUCCCGUGACCUUGGACUGUGUCUGUUGAUCUGCAAAUCGAUAGGGGUCGUCCUUCCUUCAUGAAUAAGCAGCACAAUAAGGCGUAUUAUCCUGAGUUAAAACAUUCUCUAGGUAUUUAGAAAAUAGUUCUACAUGUUCCAAGAUCAUGUGACCUUUUCCUGUUAACCGGCGUUUCCUUUUAUUUAAAGUAAACAUCAUACCAUUUUGUAUAGUAUUUAAUAAAACCGUUCUCCAGAUAUCGUUCGAUAACCAUA